AUGACACUCAAAUUGCUUAUGAAUUCGACAUGGGGAUAUUCCAUUAAGAAACCUCAAGAGAUGAAGAGUAAACAUUAUGAGAAGGUCGACAACUUUGUUGAAAGGUUUUCUCCUUUUGUUUUGAAGUACGAAUUCACUCAAGGUCAAAGUGGCUUAGUAACCACAUUAAAACCUAUUGUCGAACAUUGGUCUUACCCUCAGUUCGCAAAGGCAGUCCUUGACGAGUACAACAAAUUCUUCUCCGAAGUCAAAUCCAAAGUCAAGGUUUACUAUGAGAACAUUGACGCACUCAUGACGAACGAAGAAGGAUACAACAAACUCAUUGAAAUGGGUAUGGUCGGUGAGAAGAUGGGCUGUUUUAAGCUAGAUAAGGUAUUUUCCGAAGUUCAUGUAAUAUCGAAAAGGAAAUAUUGGGGCAUACUUGAAGACGGCACAGAAAUAAAACAUUGCAUGAAGUAA